UUUCGGUGAUCUAUCUAUUGAGAUUUACUCUUGAGGGUGUUUAACAAUGGCGGGUCAAUCUCUUCACUCUCCGACCAAACCUCAUUUUUUCCAGCCUCUUCUUCCCGGAUUCCACUCUCAUCUCGUACUCUGUUCUUUUCUUUCGUUUCAAGAAGAUUGUCUAUAAAAAUGUUACAUUUCUAAAUUUUGUUGCAUGUUGUUACAGAACAUGCCUGUAUCUUUCUUCUCGAAGCACGUGGAAGGAAGACACAACCAAAACAAGACUGCGAAACUGAGAUCAGAUGCGUCAGAAAAAACUUGGUCAGUGAAGAUGGACGGUUUGAAAUUCACCGACGGGUGGGAAGAUUUUGCAGUCGCACAUGAUCUCAGAAUUGGUGACAUCAUCAUUUUCAGACAUGAAGGAGAUAUGGUGUUUCAUGUCACAGCUUUGGGACCAAGUUGCUGCGAGAUUCAAUAUACAUCAUCAACAUCUAACGAAACCGAUGGUAAUGUUACAGGAAACAGAACAAGAGUGAAGAGAAAGAGAGUGAAGAAGAAUCGAAGAAAGAAAGCAGAAUCUUCUUCAUCAGACCAUUCUCAUUUUGAGGCAAAAGUCUCAGCCUCGAGCCUAGAAAUGGAUCGACUGUAUCUACCACGGAUUUUUGCGAGGUCAAACGGUCUGGACAAAAUGAGCGGUGAGAAGAUCCUUCUUCUUAACGAAGAAGGAAGAUCAUGGAAUUUGAACUUGAAAUACAAUGAAGCAGGCAUGCAUACUUUUAUCAGACCUGGUUGGAGAAGAUUCUGCGCUCAAAAUGGAAUGAAACAAGGUCACUAUACAUUCAAACUGGUCCAAAAAUCUGGCCCACCUGUCAUCCGUUUGUGCCGUGCAUUACAUCGAGCAAAAACAGAUCAAGAAUCUUCAUUACACCAUUCUUGUUAUGUGGGAUCUGUCACUGCUUCUAGAGCUUCAUCUUCAUAUAGUCAAGACCAAUUUGUGACGUUAACUCUUACACCGUCCGUUGUUAAUAGCUAUAAACUGUAUCUUCCGCAGGGUUUCACACGGCUGAAUGGCAUCAACAAGCCAGGGAAGAUAACUCUGUUGGGUGAAGAUGGAGUAAAAAAGGUUGUGGAUCUUUUGCAGAACAAGAGAACCGGAACAAUGCGAAUUGGAAAAGGCUGGAGAGAAUUCUGUGAUGCUCAUGGCGUAAAGAUAGGAGAGUCCUUUGUGUUGGAACUCAUUUGGGAGGAAAAAGCAAGUCCGGUGCUUAAGUUCUGCACCAAAGUAAACUCUGUCUGAGACUAUGUCUAGACAUGAAUCCUAUGGUGUCUCUACACAUUAUGGGAACAGUCACGCUACUUGCUCUGCAAUAUUUAUCCCUAUCUGUCAAGUUUCUUUUAGCUGCUACUAUUCCUUAGAUUUGCAACAGUUUGUUGACUGCAAGUCUCUUGUUGAUUCUGACUAGAUGUCUACUUAUCGGAGGCUUGUUAAGAAUUCCAGAAAAUUUUAGAACUUAACUACAACAAGUUUUUUAGAACUUAUCUCUAUUGUGUGGAGACUGGAAAAAGGCAGUAAU